GCCGAGCCGCGCUCUGGUUCAGCGUGCUUUGAAGAUGUCUGAAAAUUCCAGUGAUAGUGAUUCAUCUUGUGGCUGGACUGUCAUCAAUCACGAGGGUUCUGACAUAGAGACAGUGACCUCAGAAAAUGGAAGCACAAAUGAUAACCAUGAGUUUGUUUCAGAAGAAUAUGUUUCUUUGCAAGAAGAGGAGCAAGCAAUUGAUUUGCAAGCUCAGUGCAACAAUGAUGAAGAGAUCCCAGCAGUAGAUAAUACUCUAUCUGGUUUUGAGGAAACUCAGACAGUUCCAGAGGGAAGUAAAGAAAAAGUUCCUGAUGAUGUGUCCUGCAUUGGAGCUAUUAGUGAUGAUUCUGACAUUGUUACACUUGAAGCUCCAAAACCUGAAGAAACGCAGAGUCAGGAGGAAGCUCCAGCUGAUGGUGAAGAAGCUCAGAGUUCAGAGGAUUUUAACAUGGGUUCCUCCUCUAGCAGUCAAUAUGCAUUUUCCCAUGUAGAAACUGUCAGUUGGCUGGAGAAGCUGUGGAAGAUUCCUGAUUGUGUAAGGGGAUGGGGAAAUGAGGUGAAAGAGCAUGUAUCUCGCAGUCUUCCUUUCCAAGUUUUUUCAUCUCAGGCCAGCCCUGAGGAGUCGAGCAGUGAUGAAACCAGCAGCCAGGGCAGCCCCGCAGUGCGCAAGCGGCGCCCGAGGAAGCGCGGGGUGUCGAGCUCGGAGCCCGAGGGGUCGGCACCGGCAGAGCCCGAGGCGGAGCCACCCCGGGAGGAGCAGCACAAGCGCCAGUUCAGCAGUGGCCUGAACAGAUGCAUCAUCCUGGCGCUGGUGAUCGCCAUCAGCAUGGGCUUCGGACACUUCUACGGUACAGUGCAGAUCCAGAAACAGCAGCAGCUGGUGACAAAGACACGUGAAUUAAAAGAUAUGAAAGAUGACCUUUACCAGUGCCAACAAGAGCAAGGAGAUCAAGUGCACCACAAAGUGGGGUCACUCAAGGGAGACCUUGCCACAUGUUUGACCUUUACUGAGGUGGAGAAGAAAUCCUUUGAUUCUCAAAGAAAAAGUCUUGCUGCAGAAAAUCAGCACUUAAGAGAAUCUCUAGAGAAGGAAGAAAAAGCUUUGGCCUCACUUCAGGAAGAAUUAAGGAAGCUAAGACAACAAAUUAGAAACUUAGAAGAUAAAGGUAGUAGCACUGAAUCUAUUGUAAUAGAAAAUCAGAAACUAAGGGAGCAUUUGGAAGAGGAAAAGCAAAGGAACAGCAAUUUUCUCAGGCAAAAGGAAACACUCUUUGCAGAGGCGCAGAUGUUAAGGCGAGAACUGGACAAAGAACGUCAUGUUACAGAAGCUCUGAAAAAAGAACUAGAACAGUUAAGUUCUCGUCAAACACCUGACAGUGCUAAUGAUGAUGAUGAGGCAUUAAGAGAAAAUCAAGAAAUAGAAACUCUACGAGGAAGACUGGUAGAACUAGAAAAAAAGCUAAACUUUGAGCAACAACGCUCUGACUUAUGGGAGAAGCUGUAUGUUGAAGCAAAAGACCAAUCUGAAAAACAAGAAAUUAAUGAAAAUGGACAAAAGAAAGGUGCUAAAGGGCAAAGUAAGAGUAGAAAGAAAUCAAAGGAGACAUUUUUUGGUUCAGUUAAAGAAACUUUUGAUGCUAUGAAAAAUUCCACAAAAGAGUUUGUAAGGCACCAUAAAGAAAAGAUUAAGCAGGCUAAAGAAGCAGUGAAAGAAAACUUGAAAAAAUUCUCUGAUUCUGUAAAGUCUACAUUCAGACACUUCAAAGAUACCACAAAAAACAUCUUUGAUGAAAAAGAGAAGUCAUCAAGUGAUAAAAGAUACGAAGCAAACAAGAAAGCUCGAACUUUUUACCGAGACCACAACUCCUACGAGAAUCUGAAGCACAUGCAUUACAGGGGACCUCACAUGCCAAAAGAAUCCAGAAAUGGCAGAAAACAUCAUUUUACAACAUUUGAAAAAGAUUCAGAUUCCCAGAAAUGUCUCAAUGAUCAUCUGUGUAAUAGAAAACAGCAGUUUGCCCUAAAGGGCUGCUCUGGUAUUUUUGAAUGUGCUCAUCAAGAAUUCAUUAGUCUCUUUAACAGAGUUUCAGAUCCCAUCAGGGUGGAUGAAUUUAAUCGGCUAAUGAGAAAGUAUUUGCAACAAGUUGUACAUAACUUUCAUCACUGGAGAGAACUAGAAAAUUUCAUCAAUAAGUUUUUUCAUAAUGGAUUGUUUAUACAUGACCAGAUGCUGUUCACUGAUUUUGUUAAUGAUGUCAAGGAUUACCUGGAAGAUAUGAAGGAAUACCAAAAUAAUAAUGAAAAGGUUUUUGAGGAUUUGGACAAAUACGUCUACAGAUACUACUUCCAUUAUGAUAAUUCACCCCAGUAUGGACCCAGUCGACCUAAAAGACCUUUUACACAAACUGAAAAUUCCAGACAUGAAAAACAAGCUCAGAAGUACCAACACCGUAAUAAAAGAGAAGGAAAGCCUGCUAGAAAAAGAAGUACCUAUCCUGUUUGAUCCUGUCUGAAGCGGAUAUUCACCAGCCACCACUGUUUGAGUGCAUGGACUUCAUUAAAGAUUUGAGGGGUUAAAAGGUACUGUGACUGCAGGUGUUUUUGCUUUUCACUGUUGCUUACUUAGAAGUGCAAUUUCUGGGGACAGAUGGCACAUUUGUUUUAACAUGGAUUGAGAAGAAUUCCAUUAAACAUUACUUUGUGGCCUGUAGAAUUUGCACAGAAGAGAGGGCAUAUUAAAUAUGAACAUUAAAUAUAUAUAAAUGUGAACAUUAAAUAUAUAUCAGUGGAACGAUAUCAAUACUCUUAUUAUGGACUAGAGGGGUCAAUUUUAAUAUAAGCUGUGUUUUAAAAAGUUGUGGAAAACAAUUUUCAAAAAUUUUAACUAUAACUCUUCCCUAAUUUAUUUUGUAACUUAUCCUCAGAGGUAGUUUGUUUCACCUUGCAGUUACCAUACCUGUUCUAGCACACUGAAGAGGAUCAAGUGACUGGGUAGUAACGUGUCAUUGUAAAACUCCUUAUUCAGCCAGCCAAGUGGGUUAGAGUAAAAUACAUCUGCUUCAUCAACAUAGCUCUCAUUGCCAGUUAGGUUUGGGGGACACUGAAGGAAUCUCAUUUUUAGAGGACAGUGAACAUGACUAGGGAGAAAAACAAAAACAAAUAUUUCAUGAUAAACUGACCAGAAUCAGAAAUUUGAAAUGACUCAUCUAAAAGGUACCUCAGUCAAAACAAAAACCAAUUAAUUUUUUUUUUCCUCAGAGUAGUAUUUUCUUCCCUUCAAUACUUCAUAUGGAAGCAAAGCAGAACAAGCAGACUCAGCUCCAAACUGCUGGGACAGUGUUGUUAGCAGUUAAUAGAAAAUACAUUUAUCUUAAUAAAAAUACCAUAUGUUCAACAUCAGUUUCUUAAAAAGGUACUUUCCCAUAUCAGCUUCACUAUAUCUGCUUUAACACUUUGUUUACUUUCAGGACCUACUGCAAACCUUCUGCAGUGACCUAAGUCAUUCUGUUAUAAUGUUUCUUUACUACCUAGCAGCAGAAGUAAAAUCAAUACAGUUUGAUGGUAACAAUUAGUGUUUGGUUUUGCUACAAAUGAUACCAUAAUGAAGAAGUAUGACUUACUCAGAGAAGUCAUUAGAUUUUCUGCAUAUACUCAUACAAAGCUAUUUCACAAAAAUUAAUAAAGCUUAGAUGCUGAAUUUUAUUCUGUGGUAUAGGCAUUUGGUUUAUAUCCCCUAUUCACUCUAUUAGCUGUAUGAAAAAGCAAAAGUCUUCCUGUAUACAUUUCUCUAUCUCAAUUUAUUAAGCCAUGGAAAAAAGAAAUCUUGAUUUGUGAUUAAGAGUUUGGAUAUUAAUGUAGUGCAUUGUUAACACUUUCAAUACCUGUAAAAUGGAGUAGAGUGGCAUGGCAUCAGUAUGAAGACAAAAGCUUGUGACUGCUGAGAGUUAUUGCAGAGCUGCUGGAUGUGACUCAUAACAUCCAGAGUGCCUCGCUGGUGAACCAAGCCUGUGUACAGGGCUGGGACUAAAUUGGAUAAGAGCAGGAAACUUGCUGCAGUUUUCUUCCAUGCUUUCAGGUGUUUCAAUGAAUAUCCUAUAGAAACAUUUGAGUAAAUUUGGGAAAUAAACAAUUCACACAUUUCUGAAAAUACCCAAAUACGGGGGCAACCAUUACUCAGUCAAUAACAACACUUUGCUUUGAGAUACUUUACUACAGUAUUGUCUUCACUCUUUGAAUGGAAAUUCAAACGUUAGACUUUGCUCUUUUAAUUCUUGGAUUUAAUGGAGUAAAUCUUAAGCACACACCUGUCUCCUGAAAUACAGAAAUAUAGUUUCAAAACCAGUGCUUUGUCUCUUUAAAUUUAAUUUCUUGUAGUGAAUAAUAGUCCAUUCAGUAGUUUGGAUGAAUGAUAUAUGGCAACUUUCUGAGGUGUUCUGAUUCAAUCAAGUCCAUGUAGAGCCAGAAUAAAUGGUAACUACAUGUGCAUGGCUGUGGUAUUAUUUUUCUCCAAAAUGCUGAAAAUUACAACAUUCCUUUAUUGUUACUGAAUUUUGAGCUGCUGGACUUGGAAGAGCAUACUCCUUCAUUUUUUUUCCCCAUCUCCCAUUGCUGCCCCUUUUCCUCACUUUUCUUGAAGGACCUAAUAAUGGGAAAAGGCAAUUCUCCUGGUGGGAGAUGAUUGCAGAAGUUCCUUUCUCACAUCCAGCUUAGACGAAUACGGCACAGACACCAGCUUCAUGUUGCAGUCAGUCUGAAAACUCUUUUCAAGUCACAUGCUUGUUGGUAACAUGAGAAAAAUAGUUUAUGUAGCUUUGUGACACCUGUACUGAAUCACUGAAAACAAGCUACAAGGCAUGUUCCAGAAAUCAGUAACAAACAAAUUAAAUUAGUCUUCAGUUGGUCAGUUCUGCCAAAUUGUAUCUUGGAUGAAGAUUAAGUCUACAAUUCACUUGUGGUUUAAACACAAUUGGUAAUAUUCUAUUAUGGGCAUUUUUUAUACUGCUUUUGUGAAACACUCCUGGCUUAUGUUUGUGUGCUUGGAAAUUACUUUGAAAUUCAAGUGGAGUUUUUUCUGCUUUAUUUUAUAAUGUUUUGAGCAAUUAAGAUCACUUUGUAACCAUGGACUUAUCAGAAAUAACUUCUGUAGUUUUUUUAAGUAUCCAAAUGGAUGAUAAUGAAUUGAUAAAUUGAAUAGAUGACCUCAUUCCUUUACAGACAUGAAAGCUGAGAGAUACUCACUAUUUUUUGUUAUUUGACUGGAAUUCUUCAGCAUGUAAGGUAGAAUGGGUUCAUCUUACUGCUACCGAACUAAGCCAAGACUUAUUACAUAUUUGAUUUUAGCAGAGAGCAAAAUUAUUGAAAUAAGAUUUACUUUUGUUUAGACUAGAGAAAUAGGCUAAAGAACUUGUAUUUAAACUGAAGCUAUAUAGCUUCAUGUUCCAGAAGUUUUAAUCUUUCAUUGUAACAUCUGAAUCUAGAAAAGGGUAGUUUAACUUUAUCUUGCAUAAUGAAAGACAUUUGUCAAGCAUAUCUGAAAGUACUCUGCAGAAGAAUACUGCAAAGAAGCCAAGGAACAAGAUUCAUUUUAAGGGUGGCAGUGCUGAAAAGUUAGGACACAACUGUCAUGUUUUUGCAGGAAUACUGUUACCCAUGCUGAGGAUUCUUUAUCUGUGCUAUAGUCACUUGCUCUUCCUUAUCUUUUUUCUUUCUUUUUUUAACUAGCUGUAAGAAAUGGCUAGGCUAAUUUUAAUAAUCCUUUAUCAAAUACCUACAUUGACCAUUAACAGUCUCUCUCUGGGUAAAAAUUAUAUCCAGACAUUUGAAACCAAUGCUUACCACAAAAAAUCAUGCAGAAUGGCAGUACUGGAUAGAUGAACCUGAAUUCCUUAUGGCUCAGUGUGCUGUAACAAAAUAUAUAAUAGUACAUCAAGAAAGUUAAAUGCUUCAGUUCUAUUGGCAGAAUGUGUUUCAGAGCACAGAGGACUGGAAAAGCACAUGCAUGUAUUAAGAAGCUUUUGGUACUGAAGCAGUUGGAAGUAAAAAUCCAAAUUCUCACUUUUGAAGAACAUAAGUCCAUUUGAAUUAUUUAAUCAGUUUAAACCAAGCACUGGUAAAAAUUCCUGGCUACUAAAAUUAAGUGGUCUGAUUCCUUGACAACUACAUGUAAUUUAGCCAGUACUUCACCCAUCUGUUUUCUGAAAUAAGACACAAUAUAUAGUGUGGAUGAAAAGCUAAGACUCAAGUGCCCAUUUAUAUCUAGCAAAUUAACAGUCACCCCUGCAAAUACAACAAUAAACCAUUUCCCAUGCCGACUUUUUUGGGGAUUACCGCAACACUCAUGUCUUGCAAAUCAAAGAUGUUCUUACAAGACUACGGGAAGUAAAAAAGUCCUAAAGCCAAGAGAGCUACUUCCAGUUUUGAGCUGGAAAGAAGAAAUGGCAUUUCUGGUCUUGCUACUGUUUUGCUGUAGCCUAUUACUACAAUAGCAUAAAAGUAUUUAUUGCUUCGUAUUUAUUUACAUGCUGUAUUUUUUCUUGUCUGAAAGUGUCUCUCCUGUUAAAGCUAGAGUUAAUUCUGAUGCUUUAGAAAAAGCUUACCUUUUCUUAUACUUCUGAGCUUAAAAUUAGAAAUACAGCCUUAUGAUAGUUGAGCUGUGUGCAAACUUGUGAAUGGAGUAAGUUGUAGAGGGCUAAGUACCUCUCAUCUUACUGAGGAUGUAUUAAAGAAUGAAAUGAAAUGGUGUUUUCAU